UCAUCGUUGUAAUCCACUACCAACUCUGAUGUCAUGGAUAUCGCAAAUUGCAUUUGGCGCAUCUACACGUGUAUUGUAAAACACCAUCUCCUACUGCAUUUAAAGUAGCUAGACCCUGCUCCGUCUCUCAUGCACGCCAGAAAUAUGGUAAUCUUCUUUUCCAUUUUAGCUCUCCUCUUCGUCUUCUUCCUCUUUUCAAUUUCGAAGCGCCUGUUCGCAAAACCAAAGAAGCUUCCACCGUCACCACCAUCUCUUCCCAUCCUCGGCCAUCUCCAUCUUCUCAAAAAACCCGUCCAUCGAUCUCUGACCGUCCUAUCCAACCGCUACGGCCCCAUCCUCUCCCUCCGUUUCGGAUCCCGCCCUGUUCUCCUCAUCUCCUCCUCUUCCUCCGCCGAGGACUGCCUCUCUAAGAACGACAUCAUCUUCGCCAAUCGUCCUCACCUGCUCUACGCCAAGCGCUUGGCCUACAACUACUCCGCAAUCGGGUGGGCCUCAUAUGGCUCCCACUGGCGCAACCUCCGCCGCAUCACCACCAUCGAGAUCUUCUCCACGAACCGCAUCCAGAUGUUCUCUGCCGUCCGAAUCCAGGAGGUCCGCUCCCUUGUGAAAGACCUGUUCCGCGAUUCGGAAUGGGGGAAUUCGGUGGUGGAAUUGAAGACGAAGUUCUCGGAGCUCACCUUCAAUGUGAUGAUGGGGAUGAUUGCUGGGAAACGAUAUUACGGAGAGAAUGUGGUGGAUUUGGAGGAGGCGAGGCGGUUUCGGGAGAUUGUUAAGAAGGUGCUAGCAAUGGCCGGAGAGUCGAAUUUCGGGGAUUUCAUGCCGUUUUUGGGGUGGAUGGAUUUGGGAGGGGUUGAGAAGAGGAUGGUGAGAUUGGCGAGGGAGAGGGAUGAGUUCUUGCUGGCUCUUAUCGAUGAGCAUCGAAGGAGGAGGAACAAGGACGAUUUUUCCAGCGAAGAAGGAGAGGGGAAGGGGAUGAAGAGGACGCUGGUAGAUGUUAUGCUGUCUUUGCAAGAAACAGAGCCCCAGGGCUACACCGAUCACAUCAUCAUGGCGCUCAUUGCGGCACUACUAGCUGCGGGAACGGACACGUCAGCUCUGACAAUGGAAUGGGCCAUGUCUCUUCUACUGAACCAUCCAGAUGUGCUGGCGAAAGCUAAAGCUGAACUGGACUUCCAAGUGGGACCUCGUUUGUUGGAUGAAUCAGAUCUCCCUAAGCUUCCGUACCUCCAUUUCAUCAUUAACGAGACUCUCCGAUUGUAUCCGGUGGCCCCACUUCUACUGCCCCAUGAGUCAUCUGAAGAGUCCAACGUUGGAGGUUUCAAUGUGCCACAUGGCACGAUGCUAUUGAUCAAUGCGUGGGCUAUUCAUAGAGAUCCCAAGCUAUGGGUGGACCCCACAGAUUUCAAGCCGGAGCGGUUUCAAGGUCCAGAAGGGGCAAAGGAAGCCUUGAAGUUGAUCCCAUUUGGAUAUGGAAGGCGGGCAUGUCCGGGUGCAGGUCUGGCUGUGCGGAUGGUGGGCCUGACAUUGGGGACCUUGAUCCACUGCUUUGAAUGGGAACGAGUUGGAGAGGAGAAGGUAGACAUGACUGAAGGGAUAGGGCUUACCAUGCCCAAGGCCCAGCCUUUGAAGGCAGUGUAUAAACCAAGCCAUAGCAUGCUCAACGUACUUUCUCAGCUCUGAAUAUCAUACACAGCUGUGAGCCGUUUGGCGCAUUGUAUGGAGAUUACACUUGUAAUGACAAUGGAUAUCUCGUGUUUGGCACCAACCGUGCUAAUCAGCACAAGCCCAUGUGAGAUCACGCCCUAUAUUCAUCCCGCCACACACCCACUACUCUGAUGUUGUAUGCUCGUGUGAGAUCUGAUCCAUGUUCUAAGUGGGGCUCAACCCAUAUAGUUGGU